UAAGGGCAGCACAACGGCUUUGUGCUUCCCUUAUGAUGCCUGGGUUAACGGAGCUUUCGGCCGCGGGGUUUCUAUUCUACUUGGCGAUACAUUUGUCAUUGCUAUGGGGCUGCCAAUCUCUCAUAAGCUUGAUCGCAUCUGUCAUAAACGCCAUUUUGACGUAACGCAACAGCAGAUGGUACCAUAAAGCAAGCUGCUGAAAUUCAUUCAUCACAUACGCCACCACCACCGACGAAAGUACCGUGCGUGCAUACGAGGAGAGUACGACAAACUUUACUGCGGUGUUUUGUCGGUGGAUUCGGUUUUUAGUUUUCUGUUCCGUUUCCCGUUUUCCCGCCUUAUUCAUCGCUACGGUGCCGCUUUUCUGGUGUACCUACAACGCCAACCACCGAUCCUUCUUCCUGAUUUUCCACCGCUCGGAACAUUGUCGGUAUCCGGUAGAACACAAGUGCUAGACCGCAACACCAACUGUUUGCUACUGUGAAAACUCAGUUUGCUGCAUUCUGCACAGUUGUACCCUUGUCGGAAGAUUUCAUCAGCAGCGGAAAUCCUGAAGUACAUCGCUAGAUGGCUGACCCUGUUAAGCUGUCCCAUCGUACCCGGAAACGCGUCCGGGAAGUAAAGCGUAAAGCGAGGCCUGAUAUCAAAUGCCGAAGGUGCACGGUAACAACCACUACACAACAGGAGAAAAAAAUACCACGACGAACCAUCAACCAUCUGUGUGUGUCUGACGUUUCUCGUGAAGGAUGAAGCGGGGGAUGACUUUGAAAUGUAAUCACAACCUUCUGGAUGCUUCUUCGACACAUUCCACAAUAAGUCUGUUUCCGGCUUUUCCCCGUGCACAAACGAACUAUCGGACAAAUCGGCAUGGGUACAGCUGGGCUACCAUGAAGCGUUCGAGCCCUUCAGCCAGUUCGAAGACAACGUGGAGCGUAUUCACGUCAACAAGGUGAGCCCGCGGGAAUUUAUCGAGCGCUUCGAGCGCAUCUACCUACCCGUCGUCAUAGAAGGUAUGCAGGACGGUUGGAAGGCUGGUCACAAGUGGACGUUGGAGCGACUCGCGAAGAAGUAUCGCAAUCAGAAGUUUAAAUGUGGCGAAGACAAUGAUGGUUACAGCGUUAAGAUGAAGAUGAAGUAUUACGUGGAAUACAUGCGUAGCACCACGGACGAUAGCCCACUGUACAUAUUCGACAGCAGUUUUGGUGAGCAUCACCGACGCAGAAAGUUGCUAGAGGACUACGACGUACCGCUCUACUUCCGCGACGAUCUGUUUAAGCAUGCGGGUGAGGUACGUCGACCACCGUACCGUUGGUUCGUGAUGGGACCAGCCCGUUCCGGUACCGGCAUACAUAUCGAUCCGCUUGGCACGAGCGCCUGGAAUGCGCUGGUACACGGCCAUAAACGCUGGUGCCUGUUUCCAACCCACACGCCCAAGGAACUGCUCAAGGUGACCGGUUCGAUCGGGGGAAAACAGCGGGAUGAAGCAAUUACCUGGUUUAGUUUGAUCUACCCGCGCACGAAACAACCAGAUUGGCCCAGUGACUGUAAGCCGCUUGAAAUUUUGCAAAAACCUGGCGAAACGGUGUUCGUACCAGGUGGCUGGUGGCACGUAGUACUUAACCUAGACGAUACCGUUGCCGUUACACAAAAUUUCUGCAGUCGCACCAACUUCCCGGUUGUGUGGCACAAAACGGUGCGGGGCAGGCCAAAGCUUUCGAACAAGUGGCUGAAGGUGUUGCAGGUAGUUGAACCGGAUCUGGCCAAAAUCGCAUCCGAAACCGACAUCGGGCAGAGUACGGGCGUUGCGUCGGAUAGCUCGAGCAACUCUAGCUCAUCGUCUUCCAGCUCGAGCAACUAUGACGACAGCGACUGUGAAUCAAACACCGACAGCGGACAGGAGUCACUUUCGGCGCACAAAUCAAAGAAGCAUAAAAAAUCAAACGUCAUCAACAACGACGGUGAUGAUAAUAGUGUCGCUGACAAUUCGAUAACCGAUUUUCCACUUUAACCCCUCGAUUCGCGAUCGGUUUGUUCGGCGAAACAGCGGUUUAUUAUUAUUAUCAUUAAUUUCAUCCUUUAUUCUUUUUGUUCAUUCGCAAAGAACCAAUUUUCUCAAGGACAAUCGGUCACUCGGCUCAGCACAAACAGAACGCUUUCAUUCGUUCGUUUUGGCGAGGUACAGUCAACCCCAAAGGCUUGAAACCUUAGUUGUUGGUUGUGCAGUCCUAUCGAUAUGUGUGCACCUUUCCCGCAUCUUUAUUUAUGCGCCGCGGAGCAAGAAGCGAAGGAAUUGGCUGGUAGAACAAUCUAGAUUAACUAAUUCAAUUAUAGAUUUAAACGCAGUACGAUGCGCACUAGCGACAAACGACGGAUGAUGUGAUGUAACCGAAAAUGUAUUGCGUACUCUUUAUUGCAGUGCGAUUAAAGCAAGAUGAAGAGGCUCGUAGGAGAAAAAUGGUCUCGGCAGACGAAGAAAAAUGGGGUACGGAAGGCGACAUUCGAUGAUUUCGGUCGGAGAAUGGAGUAGAAAGAAGGCUACUAGGAAAUGGAUAAGCAACGGUUGGCCACAAGCUUCGGCGAGUAAUGCAAUUCCAAUCAAACAUAAUUAUUGACUGACAAAAAUGGUAACAAACAUACAGUAAAAGAAAAAAGCAAAGAGAACGUACAAGGCGUAAGGUAAACUUUCACACAUACAAAAUGACAAAUUGCAUGUAAUUAGCGGUAUUGUGCCUUUUGUGACGAAUGGGUAUCCACAAAACUCAACCAAAACAAGCUAAACAAAACAAAAACAACAAAUGGAACAAACAAGCAAAGAAAAGCAACAAUUUGACAGUAUAUGUGUAAUGCAUUUGACUGUCUCUUAAGAUUAAGUAGCUAAUCUACAUACCGGUAUAUUAUCAUGAGAUCUUGGCCCAUCUAAAUCGAGAGCAGCACCGUCAAACAAUCCACCAUAUAACAGCCAACAAAACAUACAUUCAUACCUAUAAAACUAUAGGAAAGGGAUUAGAUUUUUUGGAAAAGAACUUUCAUUGCUAUAAUUCCAUUCAGUUGUCGCAACAGAUCUUCCGCAAAUGCUAUUGGUAAAUGGGUAUAUAAAGGAGAAGAGUGUGCUCUACCAACCACAGUGCACGGUACAACGACCAUUCAAACCAUUUACCUAAUGUCCAAGCUAUACGAUUAUAGUAUAACAAACACACAAGCAACCAGAUACACAUAGCAAUACGUCUCGGUUAGGAAUUGUUAGGAGUCGGUAUGUGAACAGUGGCUGCACAUGCAAAAUAAGAGUUUUGUACAAUCUGUCAUAGUCAAUACUAAGUAAAUCAAGCUGCCCCACCCUACUCAACAAUAAUCAACAUAAAGAAGAACGGUACAUAAUUCCUGAAAUUUUAGUUAGGAAGAAGAUAUCAAAGGAAAUAGGAAAAUGAAAAUAAAUUAAUUAUGCCAAUGUAA